CUGUCGCUGAAGUCGCGUGUGCUUCGAGCGAAAGAUGCCGAACUGCUUGAAUUUUGAAUAAAUUUAAAAAUGACCGUUCUCUUGUUACGCGUAUAUUUUAGUAUUUUUAAAAAAGAUUACUUGUCGCACAUACGAUCUGUCGUUUCCAUUAAAGCGGAUCAAGUAAGAAGUAAACAUUUGUGUCAACGAGAUAACAGAAUUUAUGGCAGAAGUGGAAAACAUUUUUUAACCUAUACGUUAGUCAUUUCGGGGAUCGGUUAUUUCUUGUACAAAAAAAGAAAUGAUUUCUACGAACGAUUCAGGGAUUUCACCUUUGGGAUGCCUGUCGUCAAGUCUCUGACAAUCUUUACACCGAGUCUUGUGGAUUACAGAGAGAAAUAUAAUUUUAUAGCGGACGUAGUGGCAAUAUCAGCACCUUCGGUGGUGUACAUAGAGAUCAAAGAUGAAAAAAAAUUAGAUAUGUUCACAGGGAGACCUAUCACAGCUAGUAACGGCUGUGGAUUUAUUGUUGGCUCCGACGGUUUGAUAUUAACCAACGCUCAUGUCGUGAUUAAGAAACGUGGUACCACCGUGAAGGUUCGUCUACACGAUGGAACUGUAUAUACCGGCCUGAUAGAGGACGUCGACAUGCAAAGCGAUCUGGCGACUGUAAGAAUUAAUAAGACAAAUUUGCCGGUAAUGAAAUUGGGAAAUUCGUCCGACAUUAGGCCAGGAGAAUUUGUAAUCGCUAUUGGUUCGCCUCUCUCGUUAAGUAACACGAUAACUAGCGGAAUAGUGAGCAGUACGAAUAGACCAAGCGAAGAACUUGGUCUUGACAAGAAGAAUCUGACGUAUAUUCAGACCGAUGCUGCGAUUACCUUUGGAAAUUCUGGAGGACCAUUAGUGAAUUUAAACGGCGAAGCGAUCGGUAUAAAUGCCAUGAAAGUUACAGCGGGUAUUUCUUUCGCUAUACCUAUAGAUUAUGCGAAAGAGUUUUUGCGGAAAGCAGAAAUACGUAGAAAAAACAAAGGUAAAAUUCCCGAACCGAUGGAAACGCAUAGAAGGAGAUACAUGGGUAUAACGAUGUUAACUAUUACUCCUGAUAUUCUCUUCGAAUUACAAAACAAAAGAGGCUCCGCCUUAGAGAUGAUCAAACACGGAGUAUUCGUUUGGAGAGUAAUCGUCGAUUCUCCCGCUUACUGUGGUGGCUUGCAAGCGGGAGAUAUAAUUACGCACGUCAACGAAGUGCCCGUAUUAGCCGCUGUGAAUAUAUACAAAGCGUUAGAAAGUUCCGGUCCACUAAAACUGACGGUCGUCAGGCAAAGGGACAUUCUCACGAUAAUGGUCGAUCCUGAAGAAUGAAGCUUACUAUACGGAUAAUAAUAAAAGUGUCUGGUAUUCCUCGAUUCAAUAAAAAAGCAAUGAAUCAACGAAGUCGAUGAAAAAGAAAGAAAAAGCAAUCAAAACUGUACAUGUGUAUAAAUUAACUGAUCGAAAAAAAAAAAAAAAGAGAGAAAAUAGAUGUAAUUAUCCCUCGC